AUGUGGCAGCUUUUAGCACCAACAUGCUGGAUGCUUCUUCUUGGACCUGUAUAUAGUUAUCACAAGAAAGGAAGCACCACAAAUCCUGAAGCUAACAUGAAUAUUAGCCAGAUUAUUUCCUACUGGGGAUAUCCUUAUGAAACAUAUGACAUUGUCACAGAAGAUGGUUAUAUCCUCGGAAUUUACAGGAUUCCUCAUGGAAGAGGAUGUCCAAAAACAGCGCCAAAGCCUGUUGUGUAUUUGCAACAUGGCUUAGUUGCAUCUGCCAGUAACUGGAUUUGCAACCUGCCCAACAACAGCUUGGCUUUCCUUCUGGCAGAUGUGGGUUAUGAUGUGUGGCUGGGGAACAGCCGGGGAAAUACUUGGUCCAGAAAACACUUGAAAUUUUCACCCAAGUCACCAGAAUACUGGGCCUUCAGUUUGGAUGAGAUGGCUAAAUAUGACCUUCCAGCCACAAUCAAUUUUAUCAUAGAGAAAACCAGACAAGAGCAACUCUACUAUGUGGGCCACUCCCAAGGCACCACCAUUGCUUUCAUAGCAUUCUCCACUAAUCCAGAGCUGGCUAAAAGGAUUAAGAUAUUUUUUGCAUUGGCUCCAGUCACAACCUUGAAAUACACCCAAAGUCCUAUGAAAAAAUUUACAAAUCUUUCCAGAAAAGCAGUCAAGGUAUUAUUCGGUGACAAGAUGUUCUCUCCGCACACAUUUUUUAACCAAUUCAUUGCCACCAAGGUAUGCAACCGGAAGAUAUUUCAUCGUAUUUGCAGCAACUUUAUAUUUACUUUGAGCGGAUUUGAUCCGAAAAACUUAAACAUGAGUCGCUUAGAUGUUUAUUUUGCACAGAGCUCUGCGGGAACAUCUGUUCAGACCAUGCUGCACUGGGCCCAGGCUGUUAAUUCUGGUCGCUUCCAAGCUUUUGAUUGGGGAAACCCUGAUCAGAAUAUGAAGCACUUCCACCAGCUUACACCUCCUCUAUACAAUGUUUCUAAUAUGGAAGUUCCAACAGCAGUGUGGAGUGGUGGACAGGACUGCGUGGCUGAUCUCAAAGAUGUUGAGAAUUUGCUCCCUACAAUUACCAAGCUCAUUUAUUACAAGUCAAUUCCACACUACAAUCAUGUGGAUUUUUACCUUGGACAGGAUGCACCCCGUGAAAUUUACCAAGACCUAAUUAGAAUGAUGGAGGAAUAG